AUGAUAUCAUUAAGUAUGAUAUGUUAUUAUUUACCUUUUUUAUUAUUAAAUAUAGAAACACGUGAUCAUAAAAAAAUAAAAAAUUAUUUUGAAAAUUUAUCAAAUGAACUUUUCUAUGAAAUUUUUGAGUAUCUUAAUGGUUGUGAAUUAUAUAAAGCAUUUUCAAAUCUUAAUAUUCAUUUUCAUACAUUACUUCAAAGUCCAUCUCUUCAAUUUAAAAUUGAAUUUCGUUAUUAUUCAAAAGCUAUUCUACAAUAUUAUUCUGCUUAUAUUGUUGCUCAAAACAAAAUUCGAAUUAUUUCAUUUACUUUGAUUAAUUUUCAUCAUUAUAAUUCAUAUUUAAUAUUAAUUCAUCAUUUAAUCGACUUGAAUCAUUAA